GUGUUUGGACAACGCUUCCAUUGGUGUUCCAGUGGAGGUUAUUUUGAGGGGCUCAUGCUGUCAGCUGUUGUCUCGAGUCCUUUUGGACCCUCCUCACCUCUCUCUUUCACUCUGAUAAAACUGUGGACUGGCUGGUUCAUUGUCCUCCUUUUCUAUUCAACCCCGAACAGACACGUUUAGGCAUAUGAUGGAGGGCAGUGACCAGACCUCUGAGAACGCCAAUGAACAAGUAAAUGACCCUGAGGAGCAGCCAGUGGACCCCAUGGAGGACUUCAGCCGGCAGCUAGAGGAUAUAAUCAACACAUAUGGAGCGGCAUCAAGCCUGAUGCAGGAGCAGAUCUCCAUCCUGGAGUCUGAGGAGAUAAAGGAAGAGGAGGCAAAGGCUGAUGAAGAGGCUGACCCACAAGAAGCUGGUGUCAGUCCAGAGAAGGAGCAAAAAGCUGAUAAGAAACUCCUCAAGGGCCUGGGUAAAGAGGCCGUAUCCUUAUUGCAAAGCCUGAACAAGCUCGACUCACCAGAAGAGAAAGUGGAAAUGGUGUUGAAGAAAUACACUGAGUUGGUGGAGGAACACAGGACUGAGAAGAAACAGCUGGAGCAGCUUCAGCAGAGACAGGGUCUUCUGGGCAAGCAGAGAGAUCAGCUUCAGUUCGAGCACAGUCGUGCCAUUCUGGCCCGCAGCAAGCUGGAGAUGCUCUGCAGGGAGCUUCAGAGACAUAACAGGACACUGAAGGAGGAGAGUCUGCAAAGGCUGCGGGAGGAUGAAAUGAAGCGGAAGGAGAUCACCGCUCAUUUCCAGAGCACGCUGGUGGACAUUCAGAAUCAGAUCGAGCAGCACAGUAACCGCAACAACAAGCUAUGCCAAGAGAACAGUGAUCUGGCCAGCAAACUCAAGACCAUCAUAGAGCAGUAUGAGCGGAGAGAACAGAGUUUAGAGAAGAUCUUCAAACACCGAGAUCUACAGCAGAAACUGUCUGAUGCCAAGCUGGAAGAAGCCAACAUGCUCCUCAGUCAAGCUGAAGAGAAGCACAAAAGGGAGAAGGAAUAUUUACUCACUCAGGCUGCAGAGUGGAAACUACAGGCUAAAGAGCUGAAAGAGCAGCACACUGUCAUGCAGGCCCAGAUUGUGUUGUACUCCCAGAAGUUUGAUGAGUUCCAGAACACACUAGCAAAAAGCAAUGAAAUUUACAUCACUUUCAAACAGGAGAUGGACAAGAUGACAAAGAAGAUGAAAAAGCUGGAAAAGGAGUCAAACAUAUGGAAGACACGGUUUGAAAGCUGCAAUAAAGCUCUUGUUGAAAUGAUUGACGAGAGAUCAGAAAAGGCCAAAGAGUUUGAACUCUUCACUUUGAAAAUUGACCGUCUAGAGACUCUGUGCCGAGCACUGCAGGAUGAAAGAAAAAGUUUAUAUAUCAAAAUUAAAGAAAUACGGUCCUCAGAAAAGGCAACUCUAGCACCUGCAGUGGAUUUGCCCCAAGUAGAUGAGCUUCCAGAGCUUGUCCAACUUCCUAAGUCAGCUCCCAACCCCAUGUUGACCGCAGAGAUGAAGAGGCUGCGAGAGGAGCAGAUUCGUCUGCAGGAGUUUGCAGCUUCCUUGGUAAGUUCCAUAACAGAUUAUGCUGGAGAAUCUGACAGUGAGGAAGAGGAGACGGCACAAAAGAUUCCAGCAAAUCCUGAGGCUACCAAACUUGAAUCCUCUGAACUAGCGGAUAAACCAGAAUCAAUACAAGAUGAACCCUCUACCACAGAAGAAAACAGAUCAGAGGUUGUUAGUGUAAAUGAAGAGAAGCCAUUAGUACCCACAAAUCCUGAACCCACCAAACCUGAGACGGAAUCCAAACUUUCUCAAGAGCCUCUACAACCAGAGAUCACUGAACAACAGACAGGAAAACAAGAGUCAGUCAAAGAGGAACCAAGCCAGGAAGAGGCGACAAAAGCAGAAGAGACAGUCGAACAGGAAUCCACUCAGCCAAAGCCUGUCAUGAAAGAAGAGUCCAAAGAUGAAGCUGUUAAACCUGAGCUACCUGAACCAGAGCCUCCCAAACAAGAGCCCCUCAAACAGGAGCAGCCAAAACCUGUCAUAAAAGAAGAGUGCAAACUUGAAGCUGUUAAACCUGAGCUUCCUGAACCAGAGCCUCCCAAACAACAGCCCCUCAAAGAGGAGCAGCCAAAGCCUGUCAUAAAAGAGUGCAAACAUGAAGCUGUCAAACCUGAGCUACCUAAACCAGAGCCUCCCAAACAAGAGCCCCUCAAACAGGAGCUGCCAAAGCCCGUCAUGAAAGAAGAGUGCAAAAAUGAAGCUGUUAAAACUGAGCUACCUGAACCAGAGCCACCCAAACAAGAGCCCCUCAAAGAGGAGCACGUUGAGAAAGCCGCAGCUGCCUCUGCGGAACCCAAAGCACAGGCGACAAAACCUAAAGCCUCAAAAUCCCAAGAGGCAAAAGCGAAGGCCGGCAAAGCCCAGCCUAAAAAACAAGGUUCAGCCAAGAAGAAAGUUUCUGCAAAGGGUCAGAAUAAAAGCUAAGCCAAAAUGUAUUACCAAAGAAGUUUUUUUUUAUCAUUUCUAGAUUAGAUUGUUUGUGUAGUUAGACAAGUCUGGCUGUUGACAAGUUUAAAGACCAAUUCACACUGCACUGACAGAUGCCAAUAAAAGGCAACGGACACAUUCGUAAGGUUUUGUCUGAUCGGUGUGUUACGCCUGUCAGCAUCUGUUGGUGUUGGUCUGUGCUUGUUUUUGCCAACAGAAUGUUGAAUUAGCAUUUAUCGAGUCUUGGAACGUCUGAGAAGUGACGUAGACCUACUGUACUGGGUAGGCAUUGGUCUGGGUCUGUCUGUGCAGUGUGAAUUGACCUUAAGUUAAUACAGAUGAUGACAGACUGGUCGUAGGACACGUUCCUUUAUGAAAGUUUAUAAGGAUAAAUUUUACCUUUAUGAGUGUGAUACUUUUUCCCUCUUGUAAUACUUCUUAGUACCUUCAAAUAAACAUCUGUUCUUGACAA